CCGAUGCAGAGAUUGCUGGUCGGGUCUCCUGCUUGAGCAGGCGGUUGGACUAGAAGACCUCCAAGGUCCCUUCCAGCUCAAUUCUGAUUGACUGAUUGAGCAAGCUGUGCUUCCUAAGGCUGUAAGAAAAGCUGCAUUAUCACUACAAGUUGUAGAACGGCAAUAUUAGAAUGGGGUAUUAGAAAUGCUUUCGGACAUUUCAGCAAAAGAAUCAGCCUGGUGGAGCAGCUCCAAUGAACUCCUGGGAGGUUCCCAUGAACUUUCUGGAAGGAGGUGGACUGGCUGAACAGUUUCUUCACAUUGAGCGAGAGCAGAUAGUCCGCCUGAACUCUCUCAGCUUCCUUGAUCCUGUCCAGUAUGUUUAUAAUCCUUUGGAUUAUGCCUGGGAGCCCCACCAGGACUAUGUACGUAAAUAUUGCCAUUCCCGGAAAGAGGUGCUCUUCCUUGGAAUGAAUCCAGGGCCUUUUGGCAUGGCUCAGACUGGGGUGCCCUUUGGAGCAGUGCAACUUGUUCGAGACUGGCUGCAGAUAAGCGGACAGGUGUUUCGGCCAGCAUGCGAACACCCAAAGAGGCCCAUCCGUGGCUUGGAGUGCCCCAAUACGGAGGUGAGCGGAGCCCGUUUUUGGGGCUUCUUCCGCUCUGUGUGCACCAAGCCUGAAAAGUUCUUCCAACGCUGCUUUGUACACAACCAUUGCCCGCUGCUCUUUGUCAGUCAAAGCGGGCGCAAUCUGACACCGGCUGACCUGCCAGCUGCUCAGCGUGAACAGCUUCUUCAGAUCUGUGAUGAUGCCCUGUGUGAAGCUGUGAAAUUAUUGGGUGUCGCAACAGUCAUUGGGGUUGGACGCUUUGCUGAACAGCGUGCCCACAAGGCUCUGUCAGCCGCUGGUAUCCCAGUACGAGUAGAGGGGGUAAUGCACCCGUCUCCACGCAAUCCCAAAGCUAACAAAGGCUGGGAUGCCAUAAUUCGAGCAAAACUGGAAGAACUAGGCUUGAUGGCUCUCAUCGCGGACUAACUGAGAAUUCCAUGUUGAAGAAAGCAAAGAGCUUUUGCUUUGGUGCUCAUGACUUCUGGAUAACGUCAGAAGCAUUAAUUCUUUUACUGGACUCAUUAGAAGAAUCGUCUAGCUUUAGGUCUACAUAUUUUUUACACUUUCACUACUCUUAUUUACCCUCCUGAGGCUAAUUCAUCAUUUAGAGAUUAUCCAGAUAUAUAUAUUUUUUAUAAAGGACAAGGGCAGAAUAUAUUGUCCUUGGUGCUAAUACUUAUUUAGGUGGCUUUAUUCAGUUGGCUAUCAGUGUCUUGAUAUACUUCACAGUAGGUAUUCAGGUUGCAGUUUUGUGCAGCAAUAUUCCAAUUGAGAUUUUGCCUUAAUCUUUGCCCUGUGGGGGGUGACCUGGCUCCUUAACACUACUUAUGCUGAUGGACUAACAAUUGCGUUAGCUCAGUAACGUUUACUCUAUCUAUAGUCCUUUAAAGCCUAGAUAUGCUCAAUUUUUUAUAUGUAGAGCAGAUGCUCUGACCCAGAGCCAAAAUUGUGAAACGAGGGAGGUGUGCAUUAUGGCAACUGUGGGAACUGCCUCCUCAUAAUUGCUUUUAAUUCUGCUGUAAUUCACCUUUGCAUAUCAGAAGCUGGGUUCUAGAACACUAGAAAAGUUCUAACUAGAAGUAGGAGGAAUGAGAUCCGUGGUUCUGUAUGUUUCCGCAUUACUAUACUCUUCGAGACGAGCAGUUCAAAUCUCGUUCCUUUCUACUUUUUGAUCCAUGAAUUUUUGGGAAAGGAACAAAGAAGAGGAAAGAGUAGGGGAAGUUGCUCCCCUCCUCUUCAGUUCUUGGUUUUGUUUUGUUGUUAAUUAAAAAAUGCAGCUAGCUACUCUUGGCCAACUGCUGAGUAAGAAGCAGCAGCAGCAUUUCUGAAAAUAUCUGUUCAGGAAUUUGAAGGAAAAAUGCAGGUGUAUUCCACAUAGACCAGAUUAUUCUGCAGUCUUCUCAACUGCCUGCUACAUCCUGGGGGAAAAAAACAAAUUUGUAAAAACACUAGUUUAUUGUUGCUUUACUAAGUAAGCUUGGAUUAAACACUGUCUGAAUGUGCAAGUUUUGGUGCUGUCGGAAUUUGAUUGUUUUCUUGCAGAUGUUUCAUUGCCUAAUUACCCAACUAGGUAACAUUGGCGCAGUGACAAUGUUACCUAGUUGGGUAAUUGGAUAAUGAAAUGUUUUCAAAAAAAGAACCAAGCUCAAAAAAAACCAAGGAUACCACAGUUCAACCUUGAACUACAAAUAUUCUCUUCUAUUGAUACUGCCUCAAUGUGGCUACUGUGUUUUUGGGGUGUAGCCCCAUCACUAAAGUCCAACAAAAUGGAUGUAUUGAGCAUGUGGGGGGGGGAAUUUGAUCAUCGCAGAGCAGAACUUGGUUCAGAAGCAAUCCAUCUCUGCCACUCGGCCUACAUUUCUUGUGCUAUCCUAUGCAAGUUAUAUAUUCCCUUGUAUCAAGUUUGACUUCUGGUUUUCUUUGUAAUAAUGCAGAAGUGUUUUGUCUUCGUUUUAUUCCAGGAUUAAAAAAAAAAUAAAAAUCCUAGUCUUACA